AACGAAGACGAUGGAAACUACCAUUCAUAAUGUUGCCGUAGUCGUUGAUGAGCAGUGCGGAUGAACAGCGAGUUCCUUCUUGGCGACAUCGAAUGUAAAUUUCCCUUCUUCACUUAAGUGCCAGUGUUAAACAGUUCAAACGAUUGAAGAUGCGACCCUUGAUCGUUUUCCUGAUCAUCGUCUCUGUUCUGAUGUGCUGGAAUUUCCAUCCGGCAUCAGCGGCUGUAUUGGCAACCAUCAGGUCACAAGACGGAGGCAGUAAAAAGACUUUUGUUCUGCAAUCAAACCGUCCUUCAACGCCUAACACACCGACAUUUAUGGUAGAUACCAGUGGAUCAAAGAACGUUUCCCCAAUUGAACAAGUAAAUGGUUCCGCUCUUCAUUCACGGUCUCAAUCAGUGGAUCAAUUAUCCCACCAAUCCCAACAGAAAAACCGACAGGGAAAACCAUUAUUUAUGGACGUCAACGUGAUUUUGAAUGGUGCAUCUCCAUUAGUGCUGUCUACAGAAACACCUUCAACAACAACGGUGUUAAACGACCAUUACGCGACUACCGUAAGGAGCAUCGAUGACAAACGUUCCAUUUCCGAUCCAUCGGGCUUGUUCAACCACCAAUCCGCACGGAAAACAAGCCACUACGGAUUGACUAAAGACUCGAAAUCAAUGUGGUUGCUGAAUGAUGAAGAAGGAGAUGAAGACGUUGAAGAAUCAGGCGAUUAUGAAGUUGUUGAUUUGAGCCAACCCAGUGGACUUUCUAUGAUUGAUCGAACAUUCGACGAGGAAUUGAAUUCAAGUCCAUUAAAAAAUGACGAAGAUGAUCCUGAUGAAGAUAUCAUAUUGGUCAUUGGACCGCUUUCGACAUUGAGUCCCGUCACCCCAACUCCGGAGAGAAUGGACGGUAAUGCGGAAACGAUAAAAGAAGAGCACAAUCUCGAACAGAUUGGGUUAAGCGAGUGGCCAGUGCAAAUUGGAUUACAGGCUCGAUCUAAACCAGCACAUACCAUCAAACCCGUUGAGUUUCCAAUGGACAGCAACUUAAACAAACAACAAAUGUCUUCCGGCACGCAGGAAUCCCGCGGCCAACAACAGGAAAACAACAAAACUAAGCUUAUUGGGCAACACAAUAACAGCGUCAUUGUUUCGUACAGGAAAGGGAACUUUGGAAACGAUAGUAAUGGAGGCUCGGACGAUGUACGACCCAAUGUUCGAUCUCAAUUCAUGGACUCACGCGCCAGUAACAUUUUCUCAUACGAGACGAUCAGGAAAUCAGAGGAAAUCGAGAUGAACCAUUACGGGAAUCCAAAUGCUGGCAAACCGAUGAAAACUGUUACAUCUACCACUACAUCUAAACCCGAGAAACCAAAACAUCACGUCAGUUCCCAUGAAACGAGGAGUGCAUCUAAUGAACCGUUUUAUUAUCUCGAUUCCGAGGAGGAACGUGACCAAAGUAUUGGCUUUGAAUACCCGGAUGAAGAAGAACUUGUAGAAGAACCAAUAGCAGAUGGAAUAAACACACCGAGAACGAUCGCCAGACCACAACCAACAACUAGUCAGGGCCGUCCACCGUAUUUUGUAAGCCCAUCUGUGAUUCCAUUGCGUAUUGAUUUGGGCAACGAUUUUGAAGCGAUGAAUCCAACUAAAUUCAUUGGAAAUCGGAUGGAUGUCGAUUCUAAUAACGGAAUCCCUUUCGUAGACGAUGCUAUCCAACCGAUGCUCGUUCUUCCAUUCCCAGCAGAUCACGUUCUUAUGAACCAGCCUAAUCUGAACGUAAAACCGCUAACGUCGACAGUGCUCCACCCCAUCGGGAAAACUCCACAAAAAGAUACUUAUCCUAUGAAUUAUGACCGCAGCUUGCCUUCCGUCCAACCGCUGAAUACCAUUACCAGCUCAAAUCCGCUUAGUAGGGCGGGGACUGUUCAACCGCCUUCUGAGGAGACGCCUUUAAAAGGCUUGGUCUACGAAAAGCAACACAGUAGUUAUUCGAUAGAAGAAGGAACGAAAACCUCUGAUGAAAUCAAACCAUACCCAAUAAAAACAAGUAAAACAAAUGUUUACGAAAACCCCAUAACUAUCCACCGGGGCGGGCUACCUUUGCACAAAACGACCAGCUCAUCUACACCAGUUCAAUCUGUACAUUUAAACCAACCUACUAGACCGAUGUCAACAUCGAAAAGUCACUUGGAUGAGAGUGUCGUCACUCCUAAUCCAACUCGACCUUUUGUACAGACAACGCACGUAACAAGGUCUACGAAUAAGGCUGGUUCUGGGCCAUACUUUGUUAGUUCUAUUGGAUCUGGAUAUCGAAGUUAUAGCUAUCCUAUAGAAGAAGAAGUGAUAAGACCGCGUAUUGAAAACAAUCGCAACUCGGCAGCAAAACGUGACGAAGGAAUUAUCGGUAGAUCCUCUGCCAGCGCGGGCAGACCACCGUAUUUUGUUACGAGCUCAGCACCGACAUCGGUGAACCCGACGCCCAGCACUAAACCGCCAAGAAAUAUCAAAACCCAAAACGAAAAUUUAAAUAGUAGUUUGCUGAGCUACUCCAGCCAUGAUGGUCUUCAUCCAUCAUUGUUCGGCACCCGUACGUUUACAACCGAACAGCAUCAAAGUAAAGUUAACGAGCAGACCACGACAACUCGAGUUCCAGUCGAAAAGACAGCUGGCCAUCGAACUGACACUUUUGACAUAUCUUUUGGUCCUGUCCGGCCCACCAUUCCAUAUAUUUUAUCACGAUCGAAUGCUGCACAACCCAUCCAACCUUUUCACCCAAGUUCUCCGGUUAUGAACGUCGAACGACGAACGACUGAACGUAUCCUCGACAUUGACCCUCCAUUUGGAGAUGGAACGAAAUUAUCAAUCGGAAAUGUUCCUAAUCCAAUUGGAAUUAGUAAUAAGAACAAUGUAUUUGUCGUUCCCAAACAAAAAGCAAAUGAAACUGCCCGAACGCCAGUUCCCAGUACAACAGUUUCAACAGUCCUCUCCACUAAUAAGCCCGGAUUGUCCAAUAAUAAACGCGAGACAACGACUGCAAUAAUCGUAAAUCAUAAUAUGGGUAGUUUUGUCGUUACCGCUCGUCCCGCCCGGUCCUCUGUCCAGCCAACGUACACAUCUCGGCCAGCAACUGUCGCUACAACUCCAACAACGAUAAAAUCUGACAUUGUCAAACCUGUUAAAUCGGAAGACAAGAAUCACAAGAUCGACGUUGAUUACCUAGCACAAGAAAAUUUGGGAAACACUUUGGCAGUCCUCCAAAAUCCGAUAGGAAUCAGCAAUAAAGAUAACGUAUUCGUCGUCCCCAAAACAGCUAAAGGCAUCAUCCGGCCACCGAUCCGCACAAAUGCAUUUCCUACUGACACAAUGAAAAGACAGAGUUCUAGUAUGAACGGUGAACUACAAACCUCGACGCGGAGACCUAAUGAAAGAAUAGUAAGUCAUCAGAUGGGUAGCUUUGUCAUCACACCUGGCCCACAUCUUGUCCAGCAGAGUGCUGGAAUAAGGAAGACGGCCACAAAAGAAACGAUUAGAUCACCAGAUAUUUCGGGAAUUGCAGUCCGAUCGUUACCAGCGUCUGCUACUGUGGAACAGCCACCGCACUUAGCAACCAACUCCACUCAAGAGCUGAUGGGUUCUAAUCAACUGAAGAUGGGCAAGUCGGACCAAACAAUCGAGGGUGGAACAGGCAUCGGUAGGAGAAACACGCCUACAGUUGGACCGGUGGUUCAACCGUCCCUCUUCAACCAGCCUCCAACUGGGCAACUCAUCAAUAGGUCAAACAUAAAUAGGAAGAAACAGCAACAGUCGAGGAUGCCUUUUAGACGUCCGAACAGAAGACCUGGAAAACGAUCGGUGAGUCCCAGAGUGUCACCUGAUCAACUCGACACCCACAUCCAGCAAAUGUAAAGAGAAGAAAAGCUGCCACGAAGACGCAACCAAACAAUUAGCGUUGAUCAUCAAAAUUCACUGCUGAAGUGAUCCUUUUUUCAAAAAAAUAAUUUUUAAAUUGUACUCGUAAAUCAGCACGCUGGAAUAAGUUUAUCACCAGCAGAAUGUUAUAAACGAAUAGCGUGGUUAUGGGAAUAAAGCUUAAAGCUUUAUGUGGUCAUUAUAAUCAAGCAAAAAUGUGUUUCAAUUGAUAGCCGUUCGUGGGAAUCGGGCAAUAAACGGAUGUUAAUUUCA